GGUGCAACAGAAGUCACAGCUGUGUUUGUGACGCUUGACUUCUACCCAGUCGAACUUUCUUUUACUAUAACGACUUUUGGUAUGUCUAUUAAUCGUUCUUGAUUCGUUGAACAUACUUAAAAAAAGACAAUGGCAAAAAAAUGAAACCGAAUUUGGGUUAGAAUAUUGGAUUUGAACGAUAGUUGUGUUUUCUUAGUCACCUUGGACUCAGCUCGUUUUUGUUUUUUUCAAUAAAAUAUUCAAUGAUGGCCACUUUUCGUAUACAUGACGACCAAGAAAACAUCUCGAGCAUGGCAGCGAAUAUAAAGGAGAAUUCACAACCAGUGCAAAGUAAACGUGCAGUCCUGGGAGACAUCAACAUAAAUAAACAGUCCAACAGAAAUGUUAGACAUAUCAAAUCUUCCGCGGUUGGUGAACAUACUAUCAAAGGAGGUUUCAAAGAUGAAAAUGCAUACAAUGAUAAGAUAUCGAAGAAAGUCAUACCAUCAAUUCCUGUUGCGCAGUUUGAAGCAUUCAGUGUUUAUGAAGAUGUGAAGACAGAAGAUGUUAUUACGAAGAUUAAAUCUAAAGAGGCUGUGAGAGCACCUCUCCAAGAGCUUAAUAAUGUGGAUUCACCCAUGUCAACUGGGGAUGCAGAACUAUGUCCUAUGUCUGUUGAUAAGUCUGUUGUUGUCAAGGAGCCGUGUAGUUUACCUAGUAUUGAAAGAAGUGUGAGAGAUCGAUUCUUUGAAGUUGAAGAAUACCAGAAAGACAUAUAUCAAUACUUACGAGAUGCAGAGCUCAAGCAUCGUCCAAAGCCUGGAUACAUGAAGAAACAACCUGAUAUCACUAACUCCAUGAGGACAAUUUUGGUCGAUUGGCUUGUUGAAGUGUGUGAAGAAUACAGGCUGCAGGCUGAAACUUUAUCCCUGGCUGUCACUUACAUUGAUAGAUUCCUAAGUUACAUGUCUGUUGUUCGUGCAAAAUUGCAACUUGUUGGAACUGCUGCGAUGUUCAUUGCAGCUAAAUAUGAAGAAAUCUAUCCACCAGAAGCCUCAGAAUUCGUUUAUAUCACAGAUGACACUUACACAAAGAAGCAAGUUUUGCGUAUGGAGCAUUUAAUACUAAAAGUAUUGUCAUUUGAUCUGUCAGUACCCACUCAACUAUCAUUCAUUAGUCUAUAUUGCAUAGAAAACAACUUAGGAGAAAAAACACAGUACAUGGCCAUGUAUAUCAAUGAGUUGUCUAUGCUAGAAGCGGAUCCUUAUCUACAGUACUUACCUUCACAUAUGGCUGCAGCUUGUUUGGCUCUCGCUAGACAUACUUUAGGCAUGGAUGCAUGGAGUGAAGAGUUGCAAGAAAGUACACACUACUCAAUGCAUGAAUUAUAUUCCUGUUUUUUGCAUUUGCACAAAACACAUAAAGAAGCUACUAAUAUACCACAACAAGCAAUACAAGAAAAAUAUAAAAAGAAAUACAAGCAAGUUUCAAUCAUUGAUUCUCGACCAAUUGAGGACUCCGCAUAUCUUUCGAACAUUAUAAAAUGAACAGGAAUGAAAUUUUCAUGGUUUUGCAUAGAUAAAUUUCCUAUGCAAUGUAGGGCGACAUAACAAAUUUUAAAAGUUUUUCAUUAAAUUUUUAUAAAAGUCUUCACACUUUG